GGAGGAUCUUCUUGCGCUCGGCUCGCGCUCUGAGUGUGGGGGGUCUCCAAACCCUCUGAAGGACCUCCUCACUCUUCCACAUCUUCUCCAUCUUCUCCGUACCUUAUGAAGGGUCUUCUGGAGCCCCGCUGAGGGAUUUUCUCCACCUGGUGCUCGCUCACACACACACACACACACACACACUGGACACGCUGCAGGUAAAGCCCUCGCCAUGUACGCCGGACGCAAAAGGAGGAAACCCAUGCAGAGAAUGGUGAAACAGCCCCCGGCGGAGGGGGUGAAGUCGAAUCCCUCGAAGCGGCAUCGCGACCGUCUGAACUCAGAGCUGGACCGUUUAGCUGCUCUGCUGCCCUUUCCCGAGGACGUCACGUCCAACCUGGACAAGCUGUCCAUCCUCCGCCUCAGCGUCAGCUUCCUGCGGGCCAAGAACUUCUUCAGCGUUGCCCUGAAGAACCAUGCUUGCAAAAGGAGGACGACCAGCUUCGGUAACCAUGACAACAAAAACAAAGCCCCAGGACUGGUGGACGUUUGCGUUCCCGAGGGCGAACUCCUGCUGCAGGCUCUCGAUGGCUUCGUGCUGGUUGUCACCGCAGAGGGGACGGUGUUCUACUGCUCCCACACGAUCCAGGACUACCUGGGUUUUCAUCAGACGGACGUCAUGCACCAGAGCGUCUUUGACCUCAUCCAUACUGAGGACCAGCAGGAGUUCAGGAGGAACCUGCACUGGGCGCUGAACCCCCCCACGCCGGACUUACCUGAGGACUCGUCCAACGAGGGACAACCAGGUGCGAGGUCCACAGUGGUCACCUACAGCCCUGACCACUUACCCCCGGAGAAUUCUUCCUUCCUGGAGAGGAGCUUUGUCUGUCGCUUCCGCUGCCUCCUGGACAACUCCUCGGGCUUCCUGGCCCUGAAUCUGCAGGGUCGCCUUAAGUUCCUGCACGGGCAGAACCAGCGGCUGGAUGACGGAGACCAGGCGCCUCCCCAGCUGGCCCUCUUUUCCGUGGCCACACCCCUACAACUCCCCUCCAUCCUGGAGAUCAGGACCAAGAACAUGAUCUUCCGGACCAAGCACAAGCUUGACUUUACACCCAUGGCCUGUGAUGCCAAAGGGAAGAUUGUCCUUGGUUACACCGAGGCAGAGUUGCGGGUUCGAGGGUCAGGGUAUCAGUUCAUCCACGCAGCAGACAUGCUCCACUGCGCUGAGAACCACAUCCGCAUGAUCAAGACGGGAGAGAGCGGGUUGACUGUGUUCAGGCUUCUCACCAAGGACAACCGCUGGACGUGGGUCCAGUCCAACGCUAGGCUGGUGUACAAGAACGGCAGGCCUGAUUACAUCAUCGCUACCCAGAGGCCCCUCGUGGAGGAAGAGGGUGGAGAGCAUCUGCAAAAGCGUUCGCUUCACCUGCCCUUCACAUUUGCCACUGGGGAGGCCCUACUCUACCAGACAAGCCAUCCCAUCCCAGGGUUCCUUGACACCCACCAGGGAAGGGGCAAAAGUGCCAAGCUCAAGCAGGCCAAGAGUGACAAAUCAUCCAGCAAAAACCUGGACCCCAGUUCCUUACUGGGUGCCAUGAUGAGGCAGGAUGAGUCUGUCUAUGUCAGCCAGGCAGCCUUGGAGCCCAGGUUGUCCUUCCACGGCAGUCUGUUUGGCAGGCGGGGUGAGGGACUUGAGGUUCCAACCCCAGCACAAGGCAAGGAUUUGAGUGUGGCAACAAAUGGUGUCUCCGAGUCAAAACCCAAGCUUCAGACCUUUGACCCAUUAUUGACUACGCUUGAUUCUCUGACCCUUGAGAGCGAUGAGAACUGCUCCAGUGCCGAGCUCUUCAGUGCACUGGAGAACCUUGGCAUGAAUGCAGAGGACCUGGAGCUACUAUUGCUGGAUGAGAGGAUGGUUCAGGUGGACAUGGAUCCAGACUAUAUCCCAUCCCUUAACGACCUGUUGACCAACAAUGAAAUACUCUCCUACAUCCACGAUUCCCUAGAGGGAAGGACUGAGAACAGUCUUGGAGGAAACUUUUCAGGAUCCCGGCCACCAGCUCCAGCCUCCUUCUCGCAGGUUACAUCUCAUCUACUGGAUACAUCUGCUGCCCCCUCAACCUCACAAUCUCAUUACCUUCCUGCCAUGCAGCCAAAGCUGCCUCCUAUUGUGCAGCUGUCUCGGCAAAUGCAGAAACACUUGAGUAAGCAGCCAUCCAAGGUGCAGGUGGACACCUGGUGUCAUCAGACCCAACCGCAAGCCUCUUGGUCUGCAGACCAGAACCACAAAACCAGUGAUGGAUCAGUGGAAAAUGGGCUCGACUUGUGGGAACAGCCCUUACACAAUGGCGACUGGCCUGACCAUCACUUGGAAGGGGACUCCAGUCUCCAGAAUGGCCUGAAUGACCAAAGCUUCCACCUGCAGCUACUCUUCAAUGGUGAGGCCCAACGGCAAGGUGCAGACCAGCAGCAAGACCAGCACCAGCUCAACCCGAUGCCGGUCCAGCCAGCUCACGUUGAUGACAGCACUCGCAGCAGCCACCACUGCAGCUCCCUUGGGUGGUCUGCCCAGUCGGCAUUUCUUCAGAAGCACACAAAUGUGAGCUCCAGUGAGCUCAUUCUACACAGACAAGGAGCACAGGGUCCACCUCACUCCAUGGAUUACAGCUUGACUGCUGUUCCCUCUGGGGGAUUCACCCUGAACCCCAACAUGCAAGUGUACCAGGGACUGAUGGGCACUUCCUCAUUGGGUCAUACAGCCCCCAGGGGUCAAGUUCUGUGUUCACAGCCAUCCACAUGCUAUCUCCACUGUCCGUCCGAGAACUUAACCAUGGAACAGACCAUUAGCCUAAACCAACCGCAGCAGUUGCCUUCCCUGGAGUCCUAUGACACGUUUUCAACCAUGUGUCUACAGGACACCUUUAACAAGCUGGAGAGCAGCUCCUGUGUUCCCCACGGCUCCACCUUGGCCUACGCAGACGACUGCCUCGUGCCCAACGGAGUCCCACCAGAAUCUUCGCAUCCAAGUCCCGGAGCCCCCCCAGCCUCCCAGACCACCAGACCUCAGGAUUCUACCUGUGAGGCUGCGCUGGUGCCUCUGGGAUCUGGAUCCCUCAGCUGUGUAGAGGAGUUUGGCCUUUUGAGACAGAAAAAAUAAGGAAGUGAGAUAUUUCAGGUUCUUGAGUUGAUUUGUAUUGUCGUAAUAUUUUCGAGCAAUGCAGUGCGGUCACUGAUGAAGAGAAUGUGCCCUGAGGACCAGGUUUACAGCAAAUCCUUGCUGGUCCUCAGCACAGUGGAGCAGCAGACUGCUGGGGGCACUUUUUCAUUUAUCU